AUGAUAAUACUUUUUCAUUUAUUGAAAGGCUAUUGCAAAACAAUGGGAAUUCUCAUUAACACUUCAAAGAAUUUCUUUAAUUAUCGUCACAUGUCAAAUAUUCAAGUAAUGCAUUAUCUUUUAAGAAAUUCAGGUCUUCCUUCAGAGAAUAUCCUAAUUUUCCAGAGGGAGGAUCCUUUUAUGGAUCCAAGAAACAUUUUCAAAGACAAAGUCUUUUUAUCAGAGGAUAUAUCAAUUCCUCAUUACCAAAUGCCACCAUCCAAAAUCAGUGAGCAUUUUAUCCUGAACAUUUUUUAUUUAAGACACCCCCUACUUUACAGACUUGAUUCCAAGGAUAGUUUGAUCUUUUAUAUGUGUGGACAUGCCAGGGAGCAGUUUUUUAAAGUUUCUGAUCGGUACUUUAUUUUUAAAAAUGACUUGAUGAGAGCCAUAAACCCACUUUCCCAGAGAGUGUCAAAAAUAUUACUUAUUUUGGAUACUUGCCAGGCUUCAUCACUCAUAGAUGAUGAUGGAAUACCACCAAACGUAUGCGUCAUUUCAACCAGUUCUACUAUUGAAUUCAGCUAUUCACACUCUAAUGUUUCACUCCUUGGCGUUUCCAGUAUUGAUGAGGUUAUGUUUACAAUGUACAGGAAAGGCAUUGAUGGAACGGUGCUAAUAUGCGAGUAUUUUGAAGGAUUUAACGAUGGAACACUCAAAUCAACAGUGAAAUGCCAUGGAAACCGCAGUUUUAAGUUUUCUGAUUUUAUAGGAAAUAGCAAUGAAGACAUGAGUAAUAGCAUUAGCGAAUUCGUACUCUGA